AUGCAUGAGGCACAUCAGCUGGCUGGACGAAAGGCAAAAGAGAAAGGUGAUAAAGCGAAGAAACGCUACGAUCGUUGGGUACGGAGUUCAGUACUACAGCCCGGCGAUAGAGUAUUGGUACGGAACUUGAGUGUACGUGGCGGUCCUGGAAAGUUGAGAUCAUACUGGGAAAAGGAAAUCCACGUUGUUGUGCGAAGAGUGCGGAAAGUCCAGUCUACGAGGUUAAACCUGAAGGUAAUGCGAAGAAAAGGCGGACGUUGCAUAGAAAUCUUCUCCUUCCGUGUGAUUUCUUGCCAAUGGACAGCCAAACAACCGAUGGAGCUCCAUCACCACGACCUAGUAACAGACGACAAGCGGAACACGUUAAUCCGAAUACAAACAAUAGUGAGUUAUCUAGUGAUGACGAAGACCCACAGGAAGUCAUAGCAAACGUCCAUCCCAGAAAUACACACCCUAACGUUUCUGCCGAGAACGUAGUCGAGAACGUAGUCGAAAACGAGAACGUAGUCGAAAACGAGAACGUAGUCGAAAACGAGAACGUAGCCGAGAACGAGAACGUAGUAGAAAACGAGAACGCAUUCAGAAACUGUAUGGGAAAUAGAAAAUGUAUGGGAAAUCCCCUUUUCAGGAUCGGACAAUGCCACACGAUUGGUUAAAUUAUCUCCCUUUUGUAGAAACCAAUCAAGAGGAAAAUGUUAAUUCGAAUGUUUCGAUGCAAUUAGAUUAUAAUCCUACGAGAGAGAAUCCGGUAGAAACGCUACCAUUGACUAAGAUGUCACCUCGGACUAGCUCUCAUAAUAAUACCAACGUUAUUCCCGAUGAAGUUCUACACACGCCUAUUGCGUCACUGGGCGCUGAUUCUAGUAUGUGUGCAUGGAAGAUCAGUUAA